AUGACAUCCGUCUCUUCUGCCGCCGCCUCCUUUGUGCCUUCCAAAGAAGGCAGUCUUUUCAGCACCGCUGUUUCAUCCCAUCCUUCUGACCGUGACUUCCUUGACGAUGAGAGCUUGGACUCUUACGACACCUCUGACGAAGAUGUCAUUGAUCUGCUCUCCGACGACGACACCGACGAAACCAUCAUCGACGACUCUGACGAUGACGACACCUUCGCCAUCCUCGACGUCAAGCCUGGCCCCGUCAACCAUGUCAAACCGGACAUCGAUGAUUUCAAGCCCAACCUCGCAGACAUCAAGCCUCACACCACCGAUCCCGUUACCCCUCCCACUCGUGCACCUCGUCGCCAGACCCCGCGCGGACCGCUCCUGACCGAAGCCGAAAAGUCCCAAAUCGUUGCACUCCGGGACGCCAACUGGACCGCAUCGCGCAUCGCCGAGCGUCUCGGUCGAACCACCUCUACCAUCUCUGGAUUCCUCUACCGACGCAGGCACAAGAUGAACGCGUUCCUCUCGACUCUCCCCGGUUCGCGAAAUGCUCAGCCCAGCCCGGUGAAGAGACGUCGUGUCGCGGAAGAGGGAGGUGCCACGGUCGCGGGUAUUCCGGAUCACGCGGUGCGUCGCCGUAGGGUCCCGCAGUUCAGGUUCGCGAAUGAGGACGAGUGCGAUAUCAAGCCGGGAUUCGUGAAGAAGGAGGAGCGUGCUUAG